AUGUAUGUUGAAAAGAGCGAAGACAGCGGGAGAAAUAAAACUGAAAGUCAGGAACUUGACCUUCUUUUUAAGAUGAGACUGCAGCUGAAAGAAUUAAGACCAGAGAACGAACAAACUACAAGACUGGAAGAUUUUCGCAGUACAACGCAGUCAAAUGGAUUCUCGAAAUCGGAACUGAACCACUCGAUUUCAAAUACAUCAGUGUACUACCGACAGCAACUGGACAAUGCCAUCAAGUCACUAAAUUUUAUUCCUGAGGAUGAAUAUCUGCGGGACAACUCCUCUUUCUUUAAGCUCCACUCACAUGUCGUCAACAGUUUCGUCCCAGAAGUCCUCAUUCAGGCUUCCCCUUCAUGUCCUAAUGAUAGUCCGUUUCUCCUGGUCGCUCUCUUGUCCGUGCCCAUGAAUUCCGCCCGAAGAAGAGCUGUCCGAAAAACCUGGGGCAGCAUAGCCCAAGGUAAGACAUGGCCACGGAAAUCUGUGUCUGUAAAUGUAAGACUACUAUUCUUUAUGGGCAUCAACUCGGCAGCAAACAUGUCCGACCUGAAGGCGGAGUCUGAGCGUCAUGGAGACAUAGUUCUUGGCAACUUUCAGGACACUUACCGCAACUUGUCUCUUAAAGUGGCCUUCGUGAUAAACUGGACGAUCAACUACUGUACAAACACAAAGCAUUUGAUGAAAGUAGAUGAAGAUACUUUCGUCAAUGUUCCUUUACUUAUAGAUGUGCUACAAAAUGUUUCCCGGCAACAUGAGAGUUACAUCAUUGGCUUCAAGCAUGCGCCUGACAAACCUCCUGUGGUGCGCGUUAAUCGAUGGAAAGUUCCAGAAGAUGUCUAUCCUCUUUCUCAUUUCCCCCGUCACGUCAUUGGGGCUUCUUAUGUUCUUUCUAAUGAAGCCUUUAAGAAGCUAUACACCGCUUACCAACACAUGCCGCUGGUUCCAGUCGAAGACGCCUUCUUUACAGGAAUACUGGCUAAGACCAUGGACAUUCGCAGGAUAUACAGCCCUCUCUUUGCAUCAGGCUUUGAAGGAAACAAAUGCCUGUUACUGGAGGACAAGCUUGUGAGCCAAACAUAUAAUGGAGACGCACUGAAUAGCAUAUGGUCCUUCAUUGUCGAUGAUAAAUGUUAGGUAAAC